AUGUGUUUCUAUUUGUUAAACUCGACCAAGCAGAAACCGAUGCAUGUCUUGAUCGCCGGCGGUGGCAUUGUAGGGCUUACCAUCGCUCAAGGCUGCCGCGAGAAUGGCAUUCCAUACACUGUCUUCGAGAAAGAUAUCGACGAGAAUCGAAGGCACGGUUGGGCUUUGACGCUGCACUGGGUUUUAGAUGCUCUUGAACGAACGAUUGGAAAGGAGCGAGCUUCAGAGCUUUCGACAGCUGUCGUAGACUCAUCUCUCAAAAAGGAUGAAGGGAAUUUCCUCUUCCUGAAUGCCGAGACAUGUGAGACCCGCUUCAAAAUUCCUCCCUCAAAAAGACGACUCCGCUUGCAUCGCCAGAAGUUACGCGAUGUGCUCACCAGUGGGCUGAACAUACAAGAAGGAAAGGAACUCACCGCCGUUGAUGAGGUUGACGGGGAAAUCCGCGCACAUUUCCAGGAUGGCACCUACGUUGAUGGCACCAUAUUAGUUGGCGCAGAUGGUAAUAACAGCAACGUGCGCAAGUUUCUCAUGCCUGAAGAUCAUGAGCUGACCAAACUUCCUGUCCACCUCAUCGGCGUUGUCAGGCAUUUCACGCCUGAACAAGCUGCUCCAGUCCGGGCGCUAGAUCCUUUGUUGUUCCAAGCGUUGCAUCCAAAGACACAGAACUUUCUUUGGUACUCUGUUCAGGAAAGCUUCACGGAGCCAGAUGGCCGCCUCUCCUUCGACUGCUUGGUCAUUAUCUCAUGGGUUGUGAGGGAUCCUGUUGCAGACGCUAUUCCAAAGACAAACCCUGAGCGCAUCGCCAUGAUGAAAGCGCGAGCAAAAGAGUUUGCGGAGCCUCUACGUAGCAUAGUCAUGGAUAUACCUGACGAUACGGACCAUACUACGCCGCUCAGACUCGGUGAUUUCCCCUGCCGCGACUGGGACAACCGGAAUGGGCGGGUUACUCUUGCGGGUGACGCAGCACAUGCAAUGACAAUGUAUCGAGGCGAAGGCGCCAAUCACGGUAUCUUGGAUGCUGCUUUACUUGUUGACGAGCUUAAAAAGAUUCACAGCGGGGGUGUUGAUCAGAAGAGAGCUAUCGAUGCAUAUGAGGCGGAAAUGAGGCCGCGGACUCAUGCUGCAGUCUUGAAGAGCCGCGAUGCAGCUCUGGUAGCUCAUGAGUGGGAUCAACUCACGAUUGAUUCACCUGUUGUUGGCGCUCGGACAGCGCCAUGUACGGCGUUCAAGCAGAGCUGA